CCUGAUGCCAUCAUGUCAGCGGUUUCAAUUCACAGGAUGUCUCAUCAUCAAACACACAAGAAAGACGUUUGAAAUUGCUUAUCAGAAAGUGACUCACUAUUAUAAAUACAUGCAGGUAAUUAUUUGAGCUUUGCUUUGCUUAUUUGAAGAUUCGAAAACUUCCAUUUGAAGAAGAAACAAUAAGCAUAUUUUAAGAUCUUACUGUAGACUUGGAGGAAGACACAGACAGCAGUGUAGAUUUCAUUUGAUGAUCAUUUGAUGAUCAUUUGAUGAUAUGCAGAGUUCUACUAGAGUUCUAGAGUGAUAUUUAUUGACAUUCAGUUUUUUCCAGAUAUCUAAUGAUUUGAGUGAAUGAACCUUGUUUGUGUUUGUUACAUCUCUGCAGCUCACAUUUGUUUAACCAUAAACAAAAUUAGCCAACUGACAAAUGACUGAACUGACUAAAACCUUUUUAACACCACCAUUAAAAAAAAAUGAACCCAAACCCUUAUUCCAUACCAAUCAUUCAACCAAAUACAGCCCUAACCCACAUGCGGACGGGUGGAUUUUAAGAGGCUAACAUUGUCUAAAGAUAAAAAUAAUAAUUUGGGUAGGUAACAGAUUUAAAUAUCUUCUGCAGUAGGAGAUGUUUUGCAGUUCUGCACUGAUGGGAACAUAUGAAAGUGUAAGAAUUACUCUGAUCUACCCUUCCUUCCUUCCUUUGUAAGAGUUCCUUACCAGUGAUCUGUGCCCUUUCGACCUGGAAUACGCCCGACAGCCAUGGCAUUAUCUGGAUUCCGAGCCUUCAUCCUCCUCUUCAUAUCUCUCUCAUCACUGCUUUAUUACAGCAACUUGAAUGAGAAACUCACUCUGCAGAAAUGUCACACAGCUGUUCCUCGGAGAAACCUCAGCAUCCUGCUGUGGCACUGGCCAUUUGGCCGCUCCUACAGGCUCGAUGGAGACAAAUGCCUCGAGAUGUACAACAUCAGUGGCUGUUCCCUCACUGAUAACACAUCUGCCUUCUCCACUGCUGAUGUGGUUGUCUUCCACCACCAGGAACUGGGAGAAGGUCAGUCUUCUGUCCUGCACCAAGAUCGCCCUGCUUCUCAGCACUGGGUGUGGUUGUCCAUGGAGCCUCCUGUCAACAACGCAAACCUGGCGCAGCUCAACGGCCUCUUCAAUUUGACGAUGAGCUACAGACGUGAUGCAGACAUAUCCGUCCCUUAUGGAGAGACCGUGUUAGGAGGUGAUGAGCUAGGUUUCAAGGCUGCUUCAAAUCGCUCCUGCCUCGUCGGCUGGGUGGUCAGCAAAUACCGGCCUCACCAAGCUCGGGCUGGUGUUUAUCAGAGUCUAAAGAAGUACAUCCCAAUAGAGGUGUACGGCAAGUGGAACAAGAAACCUCUGUCAAAGAAGAAGCUGUUGCCCACAAUUGCAAAUUGUAUUUUUUACCUGUCCUUUGAGAACUCUGAGGCAAAGGACUACAUCAGUGAAAAGCUCUGGAGGAAUGCUUUCCAAGCAGGGGCUGUGCCGGUAGUUAUUGGCCCCAGCAGGGCGACCUACGAGGCCCUGGCCCCCCCCAGGUCCUUCAUCCAUGUGGACGAUUUCAAGAGCACAGCAGAUCUGGCUUCUUAUCUGAAGCAUGUAGCUCGAGACAGGCAGGCCUAUGAGAGCUACUUCCAGUGGCAUCACACUCACAGAAUAAGAACCUACACUGACUGGAGAGAACGUCUGUGUCAGAUCUGCGUUAAAUACCCCAGUUUACCAGCCAACCGAGUCUACCAGGACCUGGAGAGCUGGGUAAACAGCUGAUCUCUUCAUGCUUUCACAUCACUCAGGUGUUUUGAUUCGGACUGCUGAUCCCACCGUUACCACAUGCAAGUGUGAAAUACCAUACAGAGACAAUGUGACGGAACAUUACACGUGUCUCAGUGAGGAACUGCUCACCACCGAAACAAAUAUGAAGAAGUUGGUUGUGUUGGCUGUGCACUGUUUUAAAUAGCAGAAGUGGAAACUUGUAUGUAACCAUAAAUACGUACAGUAUAUUCCAUUUGUUAAAACCACAGAGUUCAGCGUCUCUUUACAAUAACCUUCAGAUUAAUGUUAACAGUGUUAUAUUUACCAUCUAUCACCUGAAAUAUCUGCUCAUCAAAUAUACUAGAAAGACAGUGUUUUCUUAAUUAGAUUGUUGUGUGCUUCAAACUAAGAACGUGUUUAAUCAUCGACUCCACGGUCAGGGUUUGCUUGGGUAAGCAAAGCUAAGUUUAAUAAGAGUUAGAGUUAGAGUGAGUAGAUAACAAAAAGAAGCUUUUGUGUAUUGCAUAACAUUUUCUACAAAGUGCUUGGAUUUAUCAAAUUAUACAAGUAAAAUAUGACAUAACCCCUCGUAAGACUUCAGGAGGUCAGAGAGAUCACAUGUGGGAUCUCAACCAUAUUUCACAACCAAUGGGAAGUCAGUGUGGGCUAGCCUGGAGUAAUGUUAUCUUUCUGGUUUAGCUGAUGAUUUAUUGCUUUGUCUAGUGGGCGAAAGGAUAUUUAUACUUUAAAUAUAUAUCAUUAAACUAAAUGCAGUUUAAUGUUUUACUAAUUAGCAAUUAGCAAUAUGUUCAUAUAUAGAACAACAGUAUAAUUGAGGACGGAAUAUGUACAGUAGUUUCAGGUUAAGCUAGAGUUUAUAUUUAACAUAAUGUAAUGAUUUGUAAUAUUUGGAAAUAGCCUCUAUGAUUUAGCCUUCCUACAGUAAAUGUGCACCUUUAACUUCUUUCUGAUACUCUGGAGUUUGUUAAGGUAAGCUGAGAGUGGAGCAACACUCCAACGAUUCUCAUAACGCUGGAAAUGAUCAAUUUAUCUGUAGAAUUCUUUCUUGUGCCAAAGUAAAUGGUUGAACUUUACCGAACAGUUCUGUGGAUUAAGAUGUUAAGAUGAGGUGAAUCAUUACAGCAUCAAGCUUCAUUCACUGGAAAUCUUCAACAACUUUGCCCAUAAAAAACAAAAUCAAUCCUUGAAUGUAGCUCGACUAGAAGUGAAGAAGUGAUGGUUGCAUGAUGGUGAGCUUCUCCCCAUUAGACACACAUGCUCGCUGUAUCAGUAAAAUCUCACUAAAAGCAAUUAAAAAGCAGGUUUACUCAAAUUGUCUUAUGUCAAAUUAAAUGUGAUAUCUUCUGGCUUCAUUGUUUUUUAACAGUCAGAUUUUUGAGUUGAGUAUAUUUGCUUUAGCUCACAGUAUCUCACACUAUUAUAUUGUUUAGCUUAUGUAUAACUAUUGGUAUCACUUGCUAUUGUGACAAUUACAACAGAUUAUAGUUAUUUCUUAAAAACAUAUUUAUGUCAAUACACUUUGAUUGUGAUCGAAGAAGGCAAGGUAUUUGUAUAAAUGACUAAAUGUAUGGGGUUCUCUCUCAAGUGUCUUGGUCAUGAUACAGUUGACUAUUAACACGCCUGCACUUCUGCAGGUUUGGCCUUAAGGACUUGUUGUUUUGAAAACAGUUCCAGAUUAAUAUUAAAGCAGCUUCAAAGAACCACGUCCCGACUCUAGAGACACAUUUAAGAUCGCUGCUCCAUGAAUGCACAACAUCAAAGAUAAAUGUUGCCAGUUAGCUUAAAGCUAAUGUACAGUUGUCAACAGUCAGUCAGGGACAUGGCUACCAUUGAGGACACCUGAGUCCAUGUCCUCUGUGUCUGGAAUGUAAUUGUUGUAUCAACAUUCAUUCAAUCAAUUCAAGUUAUUUUGUAGAGCCCCAAAUCAUGAAUCUGCCUCCGAGGGCUUAAGAAUCUGUAUACAUAGAGAAACUAAAUUAUAUCAUAACUGAUUUCUGAGGUGUUGUGGGCCGAGUAGAAUAACAUCAGUUUUGUCUGAGUUUAACAUCAGUAAGUUGCAGGUCAUCCAGGUUUUUAU